UUCUACUGGGGCUUCUAAUUUAGCAGAGAUGUCUAAAAAUACUACUCAUAUAUCGGCAAUGGUCAGAUGUAAAGAAGAAGAUAAAAAGAUUGUAGUUUCAUAUAUUGGUCACAAUAUGGAUAAUAAAUUUUAA